CUCGGCAGUAAAAUUCUCAAUUUGGUUGCAAUUUAACACUGUCGAGUUCGGUAUCGAUAUGAAUGGAAUUUUCCCUCUUCAGAAGUUAGCUGAAUCUGACAAGAAGAAAAAUUACGGCGCCGAAGAUAAACGUAUCUUGCACGCAGUAGGUCUAUCGUCACCAGCGCUCGCCUUCGAGGACGCCGUGUCGGUAACGGCGCGAAACCAGUACCGAAACAGUUCGUUAGCGUUGCCAGAGAACCUGAAAGAGUACGACGAUACAAAGAAACUACGCAUGAAUUACCAGCACGAGAAGUGGGCACAGAGACGCAGGCAGAAAACGACUAGCAGAGUAGGCAGGACAUCCACUUCUUCAUCAUCAACAGACGCGACAGACACAGAGCAAGCGAGUGAAGAUCAAGGACGCAGUAAACAUGCGAUUGAGAUUGACCAUUACAUGGCGGAGCGUGCCGUGUUUGUACGACAUCCGAUGCUGGACCUUCUAUAUCACGACUUUGGGCAUCGCUUGCAUCAAGUGGAGAUAGCGUGGGGCCAUGCGCCGCACUUCAUCACAAUCGAGAUGCGAAGAGAUCUAGACAAAGAGGAGGAUGAGAAGCGAAAAAUAAGAAAUGCAGGAAAUGAUGGCAUCCAGCAAUUCAAGGAAACUUCUGGGAGAACAAAAAGAUGCCGAUCAGGGUCUUUGUACGAUGCAGUUCUAGUAAACAAGUUCCACCGAAUGCCUCCGCCUGAAGGAAAAGCCUUCUACGAUCGGCUGGAGGAACGCAUUUUUGCUGCGUAUUGCUGAGUCAAAUCUUCUGCACCCAGAGACCGAUAUCAGUGAGGCUCUCACUACCCGCAGUCGUCUUCUAGAUCUAGCGAAACCAAAAGUGAUAAAUUUUUAAGACUUUGUUUUCUUCCUUAAUUCAUUGCAGCAAUUAAUGCGGACGACGGUAUGCAGCUUUUUUUCCUUAUAUCUAUCAACCUGCACGUCGGCUUUCAGUUACGUCGUCAACCCGAGUAGGGACUUGUAUUUCUUUGAUUCAGAAGAUGCGAUCGUUCUCUAAGCGCGCCAAACACAGUUACCAAAUAAUCUCUUGCUCUUACACCUGCAAUUAUGGCCUUCUUGCUUCAUAGAAUUUCCGGAAAAAACUCUGCCGACAGGUCAGACACUGACAGUGCCCGAUCGUGUUUGAUGUAAG